CCCUAAGCCACGCCAGCCGGCACGUGGGCCGGGAGGCGUGGGCGCGCUCGCGGACCGGGCGGCAUCCACGGGGAUGCGCCGCCCGGCUCGGAGCAGUUUCCCUUUUAAAUGUCAGCGUUCGGGACUGGAGGGGCAGCACGCGGCGGCGGAACGGAACGGUCGGAUUGGCCGCGCGCCGCAGUUCUAGACGCACCUCUCCACCGAAGGGCCCUUCUGACUGGCAGGGGGAGAAAGUAAACAGAGUUGAAUCACCCUCCCCACUGGCCAAUUGGAGGGGGCCUGGAUUGUGACGUGAUGGGAUUCUGCGAAAUUGUUACUGAGCUGGAGAAUGCCGGAGCGGCGCGGCGCGGCAGGACCAGGGGCUCGGUGGCCGUCGGCGGACGCCGGAGGAAGUGUCUUCUAAGCGCGGCGUCCCGCUCGGCCCCCGCCCCCCGCUUCCGCGUACUCGGUUGAUGCCCCGGGGCGUGAGCUGGGCGGAGAGGCGGCCGAGGUCGUGCGCCUGCCUGGCAGUUGUCUUUCCCCGCGACUCGGACGCGUUUGCAGUCUAAUAAACUUGCGACCGCCACGUGUGGCAUCUCUCCAAGGAGGCGUCUCAGGAGGAGGGCGCGCCCGUCGGGGGAUCGCGCGGAGCGCCGGGCAGGGCGGCGGCGACAGCGGCGGAGCUGGCCGCGGCUGCUGCGUGCGGAGGCGCAGCCGGUUACGUAAAGAUGAGGGGCUGAGGUCGCCUCGGCGCUCCCGCGAGUCGCGAGCUCCCGCGCCCCCGCCCCCUCGGCCUCGCCGCACCGGGCUCGUCGUCCGUGGCCAAGGUAGGGCGAGCCGAAGCUCCGCAGACACCGUCAAGUUUGGCCGCACCGCCCGGGGUGCCGUCGCCCGCACCAUGUCCGCGGCCGCCUACAUGGACUUCGUAGCUGCCCAGUGUCUGGUUUCCAUCUCCAACCGCACCGCGGUGCCGGAGCAUGGGGGCGCUCCGGACACCGAGCGACUGCAACUACCUGAGCGCGAGGUGACCAAGGAGCACGGUGACCCGGGGGACACCUGGAAGGAUUAUUGCACACUGGUCACCAUCGCCAAGAGCUUGUUGGACCUGAACAAGUACCGACCCAUCCAGACCCCCUCGGUGUGCAGCGACAGUCUGGAGAGUCCCGAUGAGGAUAUAGGAUCCGACAGCGACGUGACCACCGAAUCUGGGUCGAGUCCUUCCCACAGCCCGGAGGAGAGACAGGAUUCUGGCAACACGCCCAGCCCGCUCUCCCUCCUCCACUCUGGAGUGGCUGCGAAGGGGAAACACGCCUCCGAAAAGAGGCACAAGUGCCCCUACAGUGGCUGUGGGAAAGUCUAUGGAAAAUCCUCCCAUCUUAAAGCCCAUUACAGAGUGCAUACAGGUGAACGGCCCUUUCCCUGCACAUGGCCAGACUGCCUUAAAAAAUUCUCGCGCUCGGAUGAGCUGACCCGCCACUACCGGACCCACACUGGCGAGAAGCAGUUCCGCUGUCCGCUGUGUGAGAAGAGAUUCAUGAGGAGUGAUCACCUCACCAAGCAUGCCCGGCGUCACACCGAGUUCCACCCCAGCAUGAUCAAACGAUCAAAAAAGGCACUUGCCAGCCCCUUGUGAGGUGCUUCCCCAUGGCAGCCAGGCAGAGAUGGUCCCCAGAAAGACAAAGCUCCCAGGAAACAGACAGACAGACAGAAGCCCGCCCCAGCCGAGGGGUGCUGGCCGCAGGAGGUCACUACUCUUUGGUUACUAUUCUGAUACUCUCCCUGUACUGUUUCCAAAAAGCACACGGUAGCCUAAAAUCAAAGUCAACAUUUGGUCCCCUUGCAGAGGCAACUUGGAACCGUCUCUUGACUGUUGGAGGGCAGGCAAAUGCUUUUGGUAUUUUCUUCUUUGUUUUUGGGGGUGGGCGGGAGGGGGGGCAAGGCCAAGACUCGGGGUAGGCGUUUGAAGAUUCACACUGGUGUACAUACGUCUGACUGGGUGAGUUGACCCCUGGCCUCCCACAGUGACUCUGGGUCCUUGAUGCUUGUUGACUCUCAGAAUCGUUUCCUUCUCUUUUAAUGUACCGACCAGUGUGUUUCAGUUUGUUUAGCAGAACCACUUUCCUGAAUCACUUUAACGUUUGAGAUUUAAGAAAAAAAAAAAACAACCCUCCAUAGCACAGCUGUCUUUUAUGCAAGCAAGAGCACACCUACUCCAGCAUGAUCUGUCAUCUAAAGACUUGAAAACAAACAAAAUGUUACUUAUAGUCAAUGGAUAAGCAGAGUCCGAAUUGACACUAAUCAAGACAGACCUUCGCGAGGUCACGGUAGUCCGGAGCUUUCCAGCCCUGCUUUGUGUGACUCGUACUAUCGGAACAUAAACUGCACUUUCGUUUUCUAAGACCGAGGGUGAGUAAGGUAAAUACGUGCUUUAAGGGUAGAAGCAGACGUUCUGUUUGGCACCACGUUACAAUCUGCUUAUCUUACAGUAAUACACGUUUCCCUGAGAACCUGUAGCAGAGCUGUGAGGGCAGAAAGUAUAAAACACAUGCUGAGGAGGAAGAGGAGGGGAGAGGAAGGUGGUGUUUUGAAAGAUGCAAAAGUGAGCAAACAGUUUGAGCUUUCAUGAAUUUGUUUGAAUUUCCCCGUCCUUUCAGAUGACAUCAUCUUAUUACACUCACGACACCAGGACACAGAACGAGAGCUUCCGGCUCUUUCUAGUGUUAGUUGAUAAAUGGGUGCGUAACCAUUGUCAGGCCUGGAAUGCCUGUUUGUUUUGUUUUUGUUUUUGUUUGGGGUGGGGGUAUGUUUCUUGGUCGCCUUCCUGUGCUCCUAUGAGGUGUAAGAGUUGUUAUCAAAGGAACGGGAGCUGAAAGAUGAAAAACAAAAACAGUUUGCCCCCAUAGGUAGUAAGUACCAAGGGAAGACGCCACAAUAACUUCAGAGGCGACCCUGCAGAACAGCCCCUUCUGGUGAGCACAGGUCGAAGAGACACACGUGAGUAACAUCACACCACCAGCUGUCUGCAUCCGUAGCCUUCCACUCCUUCGCUCGGAUCUAGGUGUCUAACAGUGGCCUAAACCACUAUCUCCAUCCUAUGCCAUUUACUGAAAACGGCCAGAAAAACAAACUCAGUUUUCAUAGUUAAAAAAAAAAAGCAAAAAAAAAAAAACAAAAA